UUUGCUAAAUAGAGCACGUACGAUAUAUAAGAACAUGAGCACGGUUUCGUCAGCAGCUAGUUUGUACUCUCGUUCUGAACCGUUAGCAAAAAGGACACUUUAGUCUUCAGCGAUAAGCGCCAAUCGAUCAGUUAAAAAUGAACGCACUCAUCUUGACUUUCGCUCUUUUCUGCGCCGGAGCUUCCGCCCAGAUCUAUCUCAACCAACCGAUCGCCUUGGCGCUUCAACAUCAACCGGUUCAGCAAGAGGCCUCUUUGGCACAUCCGGCUGUCGUGGAAAAUGCACUCAACGAGGCACAGUACCCGGCGGAGUUCAGGAACAACAUCUACAAAAAUCCACACGUUGCCGAGGCGUUGGCUAAGGAAUCUUGGUUCGGAGACAAGGAAAUGCCAGUUUUCGAACGAGCUGCCGACAAGAUUCCCCGCGAACGUAUUCUGAAGAUUUUCAAGAACGCCGGCUUUGUGCGUCGACGUUAAUGAUGCUCGGAGAACAUGACCAGACUUUUUGAUUUUGAUGUCGGACCACGAUUGGUUGCCUCUCUACAAAUGCGCGAUGCUGCAAUAAUGUUGUUGCUCCUCACCAUGUAAAUAUAGGAUAGAAACUGUUCCUGAAUCAUGUUUAGCUUAGAAUAUCGAAUGUCUGUGUGUAUCUGAUAUUAUUUAUUUGUUUCAGAAUAAAAAUAACUUAUUGGAUCGAAA